GGCUCCGCUUCCGGAAGUGAGUUUCCGAUUCACUCACUCAUUAAAUCCUUAUAUAAAGAGAUUUAAGCCUGGAAACAAACCAGCAAACCACGAGAUUAAUCGUUACCAUAAAACAUUUUAUUCGGAGCAAAUAAAAGUAAAGAAACAACAACAGUCUUCAGUCAGAAACCAGUCUUCAGUCUGUAAACAAAGACUCGUAUCCACAGCAACAAGCAUUUGGAGGCGCUUUAAUAUGACGUUGAUGUUAAAAUAUCCGGUCUCGUUCAAUUUCGUAGUGCCUUUCUUUCUACCUUGUUUUCAGGGAGCAUGUUGUUUGAAUAACGAAGAGCCACGUGUACGUUAUAGAUUAUAGGUUCUUACAUUAAUUCAUAGUCAAUACUCACGUUGUUUUUAAUGCCAAUGUGAUAGUUUACGCGGCAACUAGGCAGCAUAGUGUUGAGAGAGUCAGAGGAGUGGAACGCGGCCCAACGGCGCCACUGUUUGAAAAUCCCCAGCGCGUUGUUCUUGUUUUGUGUUGACAAGUAAUUAGGUUUUUCUACACUUUCCUCGCCGUUAAAUAAUUGGCACGAACGCAUUCCGGUGUAGUAAUGGGUGUUCACGAUCUGUGGUCUAUCGUGGAGACGGUUCGCGAGUCGGUGCCAUUGUACAGUUUGAGCGGAAAGACACUGGCUGUCGAUCUGAGUCUGUGGGUGUGCGAGGCUCAGCACGUCCAAGCCAUGAUGGGGAGGGUUACCAAGCCCCACCUGAGGAACUUGUUUUUCAGAGUGUCCUCCCUCACACUCAUGGGGGUGAAGCUCGUCUUUGUCAUGGAAGGAGAAGCCCCCAAACUCAAAGCUGAGACCAUGAGCAAGAGGACAGAGGCGAGAUUCGGUGGACUCAAAAAGACCUCUGCUCCAAAGUCUGCGACCACCACCAGCAGAGGGCGCUUCAACGCUGUUCUCAGAGAGUGUGCAGAGAUGUUGGACUACCUGGGUCUGCCCUGGGUGACGGCCGCUGGGGAGGCCGAGGCCAUGUGUGCUUAUCUGGACUCACAGGGCCUGGUGGACGGCUGCAUCACCAACGAUGGAGAUGCAUUCCUGUACGGAGCCCGGACCGUCUACAGGAACUUCAAUAUGAAUAGUAAAGACCCUCAGGUGGACUGUUACCGGACCUCUCGGGUGCAAACAGAGUUACAGUUGUCCAGAGAGAACCUUGUUGGUCUCGCCAUCCUCCUUGGUUGUGAUUACAUUCCUAAGGGCAUCCCAGGUGUUGGCAGAGAGCAAGCUCUUAAACUCAUACAGACACUGAAAGGACAAACACUUCUGCAGAGAUUCAUCCAGUGGAAGGAGGAUAACCUGGGUGUGUCUGAGGGAGUUGUGAAAAAAGUUCCUCACUGCCACGUAUGUCGACAUCCUGGCUCGGCAAAGGCACAUGAGCGUCGCGGCUGUGUGCUUUGCGACAGUAAGCAUUUCUGUCAACCUCAGGAUUUCGAUUACCAGUGUCCCUGUGACUGGCACCGCUACGAGCAGACCCGCCAGGCUUCGUCUUUGGACGCAAAUGUCCGGAAGAAAACACUGGCAAGCCAUGAGUUCCCUUUCACAGAGAUCAUCCGGGAGUUUCUGAUUUCCAAAGAUAAGCCUGUGUCACAUUUCAAGAGGAGACAGCCCAAUAUGCUGUUGAUUCAGAAAUUUGCCCAUGACAAGAUGGAGUGGCCGAAGCACUACACCAGCGAAAAGGUUCUAGUCCUGAUGACCUACACAGAGUUGAUGAGCAGGAAAUAUGGCAGAGAAAUGUCCUCCCAAAUCAAGCCGCUCAGAAUAUUGAAACCAAGAGUGAGGAAUGCCAUCGCAUGCUUCGAAGUCAUCUGGAGCACGCCAGAACAUUAUAUGUUUCCUGAGGAUCAUCCUGCAGAGAGUCAACAUGAGGUGAGGACAGUGGAGGAAGAGUCUCUCUUUCACGUGGCCUUCCCAGAGGUGGUGGAGAGAUACCGGAGAGACAAAGCUCUGGCUGAAGAAAACAAAACCAAAAAAAAGAAACCAAACCGGAAAAAGGAGAAGCCAGCUGACGUCUCCGAUGGUAUUACGGAGCUCUUGGCUCAGAUGAGCCUUCAGAGUUCUUCAGCAAAUGCUACCGCUCAACCACAAACGCCACUCCCUACCAUUUCAAACACAGAAAAAACUGAAGUGGUGGUUUUGGGCACUCCUGUGAACCAUACGCAGCAUAGAAACACGAAAAAGGACCCCAACGUUCUUGGUAAUUGCCCCACAACUCCGCCGUCUCAUGCCGAUUCAGAGGCUGUUGCUUCACCGUCCGCCUCUGCUGCUAUCGAUGCUCUACACCUGAGUGAUAUCGACUGGGAUGCUUUGUCCUUCACGUCCUCUCCACCGCCGCAAGUGGCUAAAAACCAAACCACAGAGCCCACGUUAGAUAAAUCCCCAGACAGUGACGUCAGGGAAACAGAGGACAAAAACACCCGGCAGAAAACAUCAAGUGAUGUCAAACAAGCAGAUUCCAGAUCUGCUCCAGAGCUGUGUUACACCGAGUGUCCUCUCAGGGACAGGGUGCUCAUGAGGAAUGCCGCCAAAGCAAUAAACCAGGAGGUACGCAAUGAUGUAGUCACAAAACAACUGAAUCACGAGUUAGCCUCUCUCGAACACAUCUGUCCUCACAACACGGACUCAAAACCAAAGAGACAAAUCUCCAGUGAAGGUGAUGGUGACAGUAAAUUUACAGGAACCAAAUCUGAUGUCAAGAAAAAAGAACCACUCGGUGAUGAAAGCCAGUGUGUGAGGAAUAAGGCAGAAAGAGAAACUCACACUUUCGUUCUUCCAGCACAAGAUAAAAGUACGCUCAAGGACAAACGUCAUCGCCCCCAGAAGCCUCCCCAGAAAUAUAAAUUUGUCAGGGUGGCCACGUCAUCAUCAUCAUCAUCAUCAUCAUCCUCCUCCUCCUCCUCUGCCCCACCGCAGAGGUCGCACUCUGACCUCGGUCGAAGUGACAAAGACAGGAAGGUGCCGCAGACCACCAAGAAGAGCGUGUGUUCGAGCGUGUGUUCCUCCAGCGAGGACAGUGACACAGAGAACAAGCAGCUCGGACCUCAGAGAAUGGUUAAUUUGAAGCCCAUAAACAAGAUCGAGGACGGCUUCAUCACAGAAUUCCCCUUGAGACCGAUUUCUGUUCAUAAAUCAACCAAACAAACAGUGAAACCGGCUCAUUUCCAUCAGCCACCGGGACCAAAAUCUCAGAGACGACGCGCAGAUGUCGAAACAGACAAACUAACACCUGUAUUGACUAAAAGCCAACUCCAGGAUCUCAUGGACGGCGAUGUGCUCUCUCCGACUCCAGGUUCACCCAUCACUGUGUCAGACAGCGACGAUUCUGUGCUUUGUAGCGAGAGUCCACUGCCACUGGCAGAGAGGCUGAGGCUGAAAUUUCUGAAGUGAGCAGCAUCGUUACAGGAUGACGGACAGGAACAUUUAAGUUAUAUCAUGUUCAAUGUGAACAAUUAAUCAAGGUCUACUUACUAGCUUUUAGCCAAUUCGUCAAAUGACAGAAAAUGAAUUAGUAAGGUUAUUGAUAAUCCAAUAAUGGUAUUUUCUUCAAGCAAAUAUGCACGUAAUAAAUAUGAUAAAGGUGUUUUUAUUAAUGGGGUGCAUUCUGAUCUUCGUUGAAUUAUGUUUCGAGAUUGAAAACCUUGACUGGUUGCAAGGCCAAUGCAAAAAAAUAUAUAAAAAAUUAAAUUUGUUCAAAUAAACAAGUUCUUCAAGAAGCUCUAA